AUGGCGCUGCGGGAUCCCGACGACAACGCCGCUGCCACCGCGCCGCCUGCGAUCGAGCCAGCGGCAGGAUUCCCACGAGACCCUGCUGAGUUCGACAGCGACCCGCGUAUCUCGUUCUCGAAGCUCGAUAACAAGUUCAUCCUGGAGACCGAAGAUGGCCAGGAAUUCGAGUUUGAUACAGCUUUGAAGCGGUGGAUUCCGAAGGUCGACGAUGCUUUGCUUCAACAACAGCAAGAAGCGUACAAAGUACAAGGCGUGGACGAAAACGAGACGGUCACAAAACAGCAGUUGAGAAAGAAACGAAAGCAGCAGGCGAGCGGAAACGAGGAGAAUGCUCAAAAGCCGAAGAAGCCCCGCGUUAAUACCGCAGUCUAUGUCACAUCGAUACCCCUAGACGCGACGUUUGAGGAGAUUCGUGAUGUAUUUUCCAAGUGCGGGGUGAUUGCUGAGGAGAUCGAUAGCGGACGGCCACGAAUCAAGAUGUACACGGAUGAACAGGGCCAAUUCAAGGGAGAGGCCUUGGUCGUAUAUUUCCGACCCGAAUCAGUCAACCUCGCGAUACAGAUGCUGGACGAAACCGAUUUCCGGCUGGGUGUUGCCGGACCGCAGGGCCCGAUGAGAGUUCAAGCGGCAGAUUUUUCGUUCAAGAGUCAACAGGAAGCUCCAGAGAAGCUCAGCGCGAUAGAUAAGAGAAAGAUCAUAAAGAAAACCCAGAAGCUAAAUAAUAAAUUGGCAGAUUGGGAUGACUACGAUCCUUCUGCGGUUUCUGGCACGUCUUCGAGGUGGGAGAAAGUCGUGGUACUCAAGCAUAUGUUCACGCUGAAAGAGAUUGAGGAGGAUCCCGCAGCGAUUCUCGAUAUCAAAGAAGAUAUCCGAGAGGAAUGCUCCAAGCUGGGCGAUGUGACCAAUGUUGUCCUCUUCGACAAGGAACCCGAAGGCGUGGUUACCGUGAAAUUCUCCGACCCCGAGGCGGCAAGACAGUGUGCAAGGGUUAUGAAUGGUCGUUAUUUUGCCGGUGCUCAAAUCGAAGCGUACGUCGCUGACGGAACGGAACGGUUCAAGAAGACCAACGAUAAACGAGCGGCCCUCGAGGAUAAAGCGGAAGGAGGCGAGGACGAAGAAAGUCGAAGACUGGACAAGUUUGGAUCCUGGCUGGAGAGUUCCAGGGAGAGUGAGAGGAUCGUUGAAAGCAGGGCGAAAUAG